AUCAGUUGGAAACCCCUGCAAAGGGAUAGUGGAAUAUCUUUCACAGCGCAGCUGACAACGGUUGCUAUGGAGCUGACAACAAAUCGGCGGGGACCACACGCUAGUUAACAUUAGCCGAAUACACUCAGGUUUUCAACUUGAAUUUCUAUCGUAGUUCAUUUAACUAGUCUUAUCUAUCAACAAGUGUUUGUACUAAUAUCUUAAAAUCUGAAAAGGUAAUCUCGAUAGAAAAAUGUCUGACGCGCUUUUAUCCGAGGUUGGCUGGGAUGAAGGCUUUGCCAUUCCCGUUGCAAAUGCAGAAAACAAAGCCUUGGAGGAUGAGCUUCAGAGGAAACAAAGGGACAAGACAAUCCUGGAGAAUAAACUGGCCGAAUAUAAGGACAGGAUUAACGCCAUGACUGAACAUCUGAAAAAUGUCAAACAAGAGUUGUCACACACUCAGGCACUGUGCAAAGCUAGGGAAAAAGAGACUGACACAGAGAAGCAUUUUAAAGCCCUGGCUGAGAGAGAGAUGGGCCGUCUGCAACAGGAGAUUGCGCAGCUAGAGAAAGAGCUUGGCUCAUUAAGGGAGAGGCACACUGCUCAAGAGAACAGCAUAUUCAAAACCACUCAAACACUGGAGGAGCUGAGCAACCGCCUGAACUGGGACCAGAAGACUCUGGAUGCCUGGCUGGAUGAGUCGGCUCGGAGGGAUGAGGACACGAUGGCCAUUCUUAAAUAUGCCCAGCAGGACGAGAGUCAAAUUAAAGAGCUGACACUAAACAUUGAAAAGUUGAACCUUCAGGCCAACCAGAAAAGGAAGGCCCUUGACAAUGAACUUACUGAAACAAUAACAGCACAAAUUGGAUUGGACAAAACUGCUGAGAACUUCCGCCAGGUCCAUGCUGAGAGGCAAGAGCUGAUCUGCCAGUGGGAGAGCACCAUUGAACAGAUGAAGAAAAGGGACCAGGAGAUGCAGGACUGCGCAGCGAUGAUCACCAAAGUUAAUCAGGAUAUCCGAGAAAGGCACUCGGUGAUCAAAGAGAAGACGGCCUUUCUGGAGAGCGAGGUGGAGAACAAUAAGGAGUAUGAGAAGAAGAUCGGUGCGGCUGAGCGGCAGGCGGCCAAACUUAGGCAACAGUUUCAAGAGCAGGAGGAGAACCGCACACGGUUGCAUGAUGAGUUGGAGAGUCUGAAGAGUAUUGUUGACCGAGCAGCGUCAGAUGUGGAGAAUGUUCGAGCUCAAAUAGCCAGCAUGAAAAAGGACAUCGAGGACAAAUCCACCAAAGUGAAGGAUGCCAAGCUUCAUAAUGCAGCCCUGGAGGAGAAGCUGGCGUCUGUAACUGAGGCCACCAUGAGUGUGGAGGAACGUGCUGCCCAGAUGGAGCAGCUGCUAAAGGAGGAGGAGCAGAACAUCAAGGAGGUGGACUUGCUGUUGCAUCGCCAUAGGGAAGCGGUGUUCCGCAAAAACCAGGAGCUUCAGGCCCUGCGCCUGAAGGAGAAGGACUCGGUCAGCGAGGUAUCUGGCAGCAAAGCCGCCAUCACUAACUUGGACAGCAGGAUUCGCAAGGUGGACCAGAACACUCUCAAGCAGCAGGAGAUCAUAUACAGCCAGGACUUCCAGAUCCAGCUGCUGGAGAGGAAGAUGUCCCGGCUGCAGGGGGAGGUGAACACGGAGGAGAAACAGGCCCUGGAGAAGAGGGUGGAGGAACUGAGUGACACGCUGGAGGAGAGGAGGAAGACCACCACCAUGCUCACCACACAGCUCAAGAAGCUCCAGGACGACAUCCGCUGUGUGAGGAAGGAAAUGGAGAAGACGGGUGCGGAGAAGAGAAACCUGACCACAAAGAUCGAGGAGCUCAAUCUGUUCAACGACACUUCAGAUAAAGAGCUCAAGAAACUCCGACUCAAGAAGCAGGACACUAUGGUGGAGGACAACAUCCUGAAGCUGGAGAUCAAGCGGCUGAGGGACCUGCUGUAUGACAAGGCUGAUAGGGUGUUGUCCCUGGAGAAGCGCCGGCUCCAGCUGCAGACGGCCAUGGGCGAGCGCGAGGAGGAGAUCAGGGUCCACGGCGAGAUGCUCACCAAGCAGUUUAGGAUCACUGACCAGGAGCGCCAGGCUCUCAGUGCUGAAGUGCACGAGAGGAUGUCCAAAAUUGACAAGAUGAGGAAAAAAUAUGAGAUCUUAACCAUGCAGGGCCCGGAGGGGGAGGAGGAGAAGUCUCAGGCUUUCUACGUCAUUAAGGCAGCCCAAGAAAAAGAGGAGCUUCAGCGCCAAGGUGACACCCUCGAUGCCAAAAUUCGCAAGGCUGAGAAAGAGGUCCUUGCUCUUGAGAACACCCUCCAUGUGGUGAACAGCCGCAAUCACACAUACCGCAAGUCCUUCAACAGGGUCACUGAGUCCAGUGAGGAGUACCAAGAGAAACUGAAGCUAGAAGGAGAAAAAAGAGCAGCUGAGGACAAGUACAGAUUAAAGAGAUGCCAGAUCAAAGAACUCCAGGAGGACAUACAGAGCAUGAACAAUACCCUUGAAAUUCUUCUACAAGAGGAGACGGAGCAGAAUGGGAGGACAGACGAGACUCAGUCACGCAUCCUUUCUCUGAACAUGGAACUGGCCUCUCAGAAAGAGAAACUCGAUAGGGUCAACAAACAGUGUACAAAGCUCACAAAAGAGAUCCGCUCAACCAAGCAGACCACGGAGAAGACGUUUGAAGAACGGGACGUCCAGCUCCGAGAGCUUAAGGACUUGAACAAGAAGGUCAACCACAUGCUCCUGGAGGCCAUGGACCGCAGUCCUGAUCUGGAAUCGGCUCUAGUGAUGUACUUCACUCAGGCCAAUCUGCUCCUGCCGUCCCCUGGAUCUGCUCCAGGCAGCCGACAGGGCUCCAAGGCCACCUCCGCUCGCAGCUCUGCCUCCGUCAGGUCCUCAGGCUCCUCAGCCAGCAGUAGCCCCCGGGGCUUAGCUCUGCAGUCUCCCCCAGUCAAGACCCUGGAGCUGGGCCUGGGUCUGUCUGUGACCUCCCCUCCUCUGGCUACAACGUCCCCACAGAGUUCCCGACCAUCCAGCAGCAGGAUUGCACAGCGCAAGAGCCCUUAGAUAGGCACACCUUCAGCCCAUGUAACACAUGGUUGUGUACUGCCUUUUACAAACAUGAUUCAUUAUUCAUAAAAUUCACAAAAUGAAUGCAGCCUAUACAAGGAGUGUAUGUUUUGUACCAAAUAAAGCCUAUAGUUUAAGAUUAUUUGAAUGAAAUUAUUUGAAUAAAUACAUUGUUUUUAUUUAUUUAAAAGUUAGGUUGAUUUGAUUGUGUCUUCUAUAUCCAUUAAGGUAAUCAGUGAAAAUAAAAGGAAUUGAGAGCCCUAUCGUGCACAUGGCGCAAAGUGCGACGCAAGUUUUAUUCAUAUCGUAGGCUACCCAAACAGUGAUGAAUUUUUCGACGCGGCCCACUUCAAACAUUGCGCCCACGGAUGUGUCAAUGAACGAACAUAGGUGUGGUCUGGCGCUUGAUCUAAAAAUCUUACAACCACUAAAAAUCAUUACGCCACUGACCAAGGGGAAAAAAAUAGUCUAUAGCAAAAAGCUAAAGCACAGCGGCGAAGACACACUGUCAUGAGCAGCCCCCCUACUAAUAAUGAGGCAGGCAACGACUCAUUUUCAGGAUGAAUAAGCUAUUGCUACCCCCACCCCCAGUUUUUGUGUUUUUUUUUUCGAUUUCGAUUGUGACCCCUUGUCCGUUAAUGAAAGUAUGUAACUUUGAUCUAUUUUCUGCUAGUCACAUAGGUUUUAAUAGGCUAAAGCAAGUAGGCAUAGGCUACUAGGAAUUCUGCACGCAGAUUCCUUCAGAUGUAUUGACUGUUAAAAUACCAAUGGGCUCAGAUGUCAUAAAAGAUGUUACGCCCAAAACACCCACAUGAAUGUUUAGGAAAUAUAAGCAUAAACAUUUUGAACAGUGCGCCCAGUGUUUAAUCACAAAAUCCCGCCUGGACACGUCUUAAAUGUUUUUAAACUUUGCAUCUCUGACCAGACGUUUCAGAUAGCCAAGAUAGGGUCCAAUUUGUGAAAGUAAAACACAUUUCCAUCAUGGUCCCUGAUGUCUGCAAGACCGGAGAGACCAGUUUUUGUGUUUUAUUAGCAUGGGCUUAAAUGACCCGUGUAGGGUUACGCUGGUUUUUUUGUAGGCCUAGGCUACAUAAAAAGGUGUAGCCUACUUCCUCAUACAUCACAGAGAGGAGCAUUCUAUCUUGUGUCAGGGUCGUCGAAGUUAUGACUCAAGGGAAAAUGAUCCAUGUACUGCUUUUGGUGGGACUCUUUUGUUACUCUGCUGGUCAGAGCACUCCAGCUUCAACAACUUGGCCUACCACCGCUACUGCUUCGACGAAUGUGUCUCCUACACCUGAGACAGGUCUCCCAAUAGUUGUGGCACUGAGAGUCGUUAUCCAGUCACAUGAGGCUCUGAAUGCAACAACUGUACAAACCUCUUUGGGCAAGAUCGCAUCCCUACUCUCACUGGGCUCAGAAGUCCAAAUAUCAGUGAGGAGCCUUCAGCUUGUCUAGUUUUCCACAUCCUACUACACUACAUGUGCUGUUGCUUAAAACAAGACAUGAUUAUGUCAUCCAAGGGGGACAUUGUUUUCAUACCCUUCACAAAUAGGUAGCUCUGUCAUCAUUGUGUAGAGAGAACCCUUUUUCCUAUUUGAGAAAAUAGUACAGUGUUGCUGAUUAUAGUGCCUAUACUGUCUAUAUUGUUGUUGGAAUAUUGAAAAUAAUAAAGCUUUGCCUAUUGGCAAAACAAGUUA